CUGACUAAUUAAUUAGCGCCUACUAAACUCGUUUGUUGGCUAGCAAAGUGGCAGGUGUUGUUUUAACAAUUUCUGGGCAUUUUAAACGGAUAUAAUAAACAAAUGGCAGAUGACGUAUUAUUUGAAUUUCUGCAUAUGGAGAUCGUUUCCUAUGUAGAACAAUCAGCAAAGAAAGAUGAAAAGGAUCGUUUGGUAGCUAAACUGGAGCAGAUGGGGUACAGAGUUGGCCAAAGUGUGGUAGAACGCUUAACUAAGGACACCCCAAGAUUCUCGAGUGAAUUGGACAUCAUUAAAUUCAUUUGUAAAGACUUUUGGUCCAGCAUCCUCAAAAAACAGGUUGACAAUCUUAGAACAAACCACCUGGGUGUCUAUGUUCUGCAAGACAACAAAUUCAGGUUUCUUGUCCAGCUGUCAGCUAGCAAGCAAUAUCUGGAAGCAGCACCAAAGUAUUUAGCAUUUACAUGUGGUCUGGUGCGUGGAGCUCUAGCCAACGUGGGACUGAAUUGCAUUGUCACAGCGGAAGUCAGCAAUAUGCCAGCAUGUAAAUUCCAAAUCAUGAUCCAGAGGUCAUAGCCACUGAUGAGGACAACUGUAGCUACAGUUUGCCAUCAUACAAGAUGAGACCAAAAUGGUAUGGUCACUGUAACAGCCCUCAGUGGCUGAGUAAGCUUCCCCAUUCCAUGUAUUCAGGGUAAGGCUACAGUGAAUUAACCAAAUCAAUGUCUCAAAGGACUUGCUGUCCAUAGGAUAUUCUGAUGUAUUAUUGAUCUGAAAAUUAUGCAUUUUUAAGUAGGAGCAUGCUUCAGCGAAAGCUUGAUUUGGUUUUUCAUGGUGGCAUAAAUGGUUGGGAUUUAAAAAGCCUGUAGUGGCCUCCCAUAUUGUGACUGCAACACAGAAAAUUUCAAAUGAAAAUGAAUUACCACCUAUGAACUCUCAACUCCAAAGCACUACAGGCAUCCGAGAUUAAAUCUCCAAUUAGGCCUUAACUCUGCUGAAUCCAACCACAGUAGCCAUUAGUUGCCAACUUCUGUUGGAUUUUUCAUAUGCAAGCAGUAAAUGAAAAUCCAUUUGUUCUAGCUUUUGGAUGCUUGCCAAAUCCUCCAAAUCAAAGAUCGAGUUCAACAGAGAGUUGAAGAUAUUUGUGGUGGUAGUGUUAUCCAGUGUGAAAGUCCAUUAGUCUAAUUUUGAAAUGUGACUGAACCAACAGAAUAAAGGUCAGACAGUGUUCAUUUUAUCACUCCGUUUUAUUUGGAAUGCUUGUAUGUAAAUCACAUGUAAGUGUUUUUUUAAUCAUUGAACUUGGUGUCACAGAGCAUGUCCCAAUUUGCCACUUGGUUAACCAAGAGAGUCUACUCCAAUUCCAUGGUGCUGUUCACAUCAGCACAAAGAGGCUCUGUGCUACCACUAUACCCAGUACGGAGAUAUCCAUUGUUCCAUCACAACAAAUACUCCGGCAAAGAUUGAGCAAACUCUGUGCUGCCGCAUAUGCUACUUCAUGAAGUGAAGAUUGCUUCCAUUACAAUCGCAGAUUAUGUGCUAAACACGUUAGUGGACAGCACCAAAGUUGACCACAGUGAAAGAAAAGUUAAAUUAUGUACAAAAGUCAAUUCGUUUGCCCACAUCUCUCUCUAGAUGACUACAUUUGUAGUUCCUUAUAGGUAAUGAUUUACACAUAAACCUAGCAAAAUUUGGGAAUAGCAUCAGCAAUGUGAAGUCUAUCGUCGAAAAAUUAAGUCUGUGUAAAUAAACAACACAUUUACACCAAUGUACUGUAAAUAUAUAUAAACUGUAAAUUUAUUGUAAUAAUUGAUUAUAAAAUUGAAUUGUUUCGCUCAAGCCAUACUCUGUUUGUGUCAGUAUAUGUACAGCAUACAAGCCUGUCAAUUCAUAGCCAGGUUUCUGGUAGUCGAUAAUUUUGAUCCAUAAGUGCUAAGAUAUCGUUUUGACUUCUUGGAACCUGGCUUACAAUAUAGAUGGUUUCAGAAUCUAUAGUAUCCAUUGAGUAUUUAAUCAUGUGGAAUCAUUAAAACCCUAACCCCCUUAGUACUUCCUCAGGACUACCUUGCUUAAUCCAACAGAGUUCAACCGGACUUUCCUGCUCAAUCCACUGUGCCUCAUUUUCAGUUGUCUGCUGAAUCCAACAGAGUCCAACAUGGCGUUAUAAUGCGGUUCAGUUGCCUGCUGAAUCCAACAUUUUGCAUGAGGAAUGUACACAAGGGGUUAACUGCUCAAUCCAACAGGCUCCAUCGGGUAUGUGACAUAGUUGGAUCCUGCUGGAUUCAGCAGGGUUAGGGUUUUGAAUCAACAAAUAACAGUAAUUUUAGUGAAAUAUAAAUAACAUCAGUGAUCUUUCUUUGACCUUUACUUCCGGGGUUACUGUGAGUGGACAUGCAAAGAGAAAUGAUUAUAACUUGAAAAUGGAAAUGUUUUAUUACAGUUUAUACAAAUUAUACAAAUGCUUAAUGAGGCAUGGCAAACACAAAAGGCGGCAUUUUUUUUUAUUAAAAAAUAAUUGGUCAAAAUUUUACCAAAAUUCCCAUUAAAAUUGUGUAGACAAUAACAAAUUACUUUCCAAAGUUUCAGAUUGAUGAUGUCAUCAGACCAGAAAUUAUUAUAGGGAGAAUUAGAAAAAAAAUUCUCAUUUUCCCCUUUUUUUAAUCAAAAUCCAUCACUGAUUGUUACACAAGUAAUGAUGUCAUCGAACUGGAAAGUAUGUGUAAUCAAUACAUAUCCAUUAUAUGUGUAAUCAAUACAUAUCCAUUAUGUUCACGUAAUUUUCAUAUUUUUCGACAUUCUUUUCACUUUAUCUUGCUAAUGUAAUCUAUCUAAACUAAAUCCAUAUUCAUUCUACAUAUUUUAAGUGAUGUCAUCAUCAAACCGGAAGUAACAUGUUAUUAGAGUGUUGAUGAAAUCUAUUAAAUCCAAAGAGAUGCAUUUGUUCAAACUAAUAAAUGGUUUUAAACUGAAAAAAAUUA